AUGAAUGAGAUUGAGAACAUAAGGAACAAGAUUCUAGUAAGAGAAUUCAAUGAAAGGAGAGAUAUUGAAGCUGUCAAGAAGCUAGAGAAGAACUGCAGUAUAGGGUCUAAAAAGGGGAUCUCCAUGUUCACCAACAUGAUGAAUGACCCUCUAUGUAGGAUUAGGCUCUACCCUGUUCAUGUUAUGCUGGUUGCUGAGAUGCUAAAAAACGGCAAGCUCGUCGGAAUGGUUCGAGGAUGCAUUAAGUUAGCGGGGACUGGUUUUGGAGGAAGACAGGUGAGGUUGGGUUGUAUACUGGGCCUUAGAGUCUCCCCUAGAAGCCGGAGAAUGAGGAUUGGAUUGCAACUAGUUCAAUCGAUCGAAGAAUGGUUGAUGAGAAAUGGAGCCCAAUACUUUUUCCUAGCCACGGAGGAGAAAAACAUUGCCUCUACAAAUCUCUUUACUAUAAGAUGCAGUUAUGUACAAUUUAGUUCCCUAGUUAUAUAUAUCCAACCAGUGAUCAGUUCACAUGCUGAAGAUUUAUCUGAUCAAGACAUAAAAAUAGAGAAGUUGUCUGUGGAUCAGGCCAUUUCCUUCUACAAGAACAAUCUUAAAUGCAAAAACGUAUAUCCUGCUGACAUUGAUGCUAUCUUCAAGGAAAGCCUGAGCCUUGGUACAUGGGUGUCUUAUAUCAAGGAAGGAAGCUCAAACGGUUUCAGCAACAAUAAUAGCAAUUCAGUACACGAGACUCCUGAGAUGUAUGCAGUCUUACCAUCGCAUGUAGAGAUACUAUUUUCGCGACUCGAAGGCUUGAGUACUAAUAAGGACGACACCAAAAAUAGAACUCCAAGUUCAUGGGCAAUCUUUAGCAUAUGGAAUACAUGUGAGGCCUACAAGCUUCAAGUAAGGAGGUCAUCACAUCCUCUUAAAGCUUUUCAUGGAAAGUUAGACCAUGCAAGAAGUAAAAUUUUCCCAUGUCUUAAACUGCCACCAAUAAGUGAUUCAUCAUCAAUUGAAAAACCCUUCGGCUUUCUAUUCCUAUAUGGGCUGCAUGGGGAGGGAGAGAGGGUUGGGGCGCUCAUGAAAUCUGUGUGGAGCUUUGCUUCAAGAUUGGCCAAAAAUGUGAGUGAUUGCAAAGCAAUAGUGACUGAGUUAGGGCUAUCUGAUCCUCUGAGAGAGCCUGUGCAUUUAAGAUCCUCCAUGUCUUGCAUCAAUGAUCUCUGGUACAUAAAGAAAGUGAAUGAUCCAAGUGAUGAUGAUGAGGAGGAUUUGACAGUGAUAAGACCUGUGGGGAAUGUGUUUGUUGAUCCAAGAGAUUUUUGA